AUGAUUGGUGGUUCAAUUUCCGUCGCGGAGUGCAGUUUUCAAUUUGUGGAAAGCUUCUUCGUAGUAAUCUCGCUGCCAUGGGUCCCAAAUUGGCCCCCAAGUGUUCCCACUGCCAAAUUGGCACAUCGGAGAAGUGGCACACGGUGGAAAAAGGCGUCACGUUGUGCAUCCCGUGCCACGAACGCCAGGAAAAGGAACAGCUCGAACUCGAGCGGGAACUGAAGGAGAUACAGGCGAAACCUCCGGUACCGCCACCGGUGCAAACGCCGGUGAUCAAACCGGAGGGGGUGGAAACGGUUUUGCAGGGUCAAGCGCCCGGUGAGGAACCGGGGAAGGAAGAGGUGAAGGAGGAAAAGAAGGACGUCGAUGAGACCAAGGAGGAACCGGAUGAGAAGGACGAUAAGGAUUCCAAUGCGGAUGUGAAGGAGCGUCCGUUGCCAUCGAUGAGUCCGCGGAAGCUGCGGAAGAAUGUGCGAAGUGCGCGGAAGGGAGGAGGAGGUGGUUCAGGGGGCAACGGCGGAAAAGGUGGAAGAUCGCGAAGGUUCAUCUUUAAGAAAAACCCGAUGAAGGCCCCGGCGAUUACGGUGACGACCCGCACCGUGGAGACGUUGUUCCACAAUAACAUUUACUAUCAGAUCGGGGACAUCGUGUCGCUGAUGGACGCCAAGGAUAACGUGUAUUACGCCCAGAUCCACGGACUGCAGAUCGAUUCGUACUGCGAGAAGUCGGCGUAUAUCACCUGGUUAAUUCCGACGACGUCGAGUCCGCCGCCGAAGCAGCGCUUUGAUCCUGCGACGUAUCUGAUCGGACUGGAGGAGGACAUACCGCGCAAGUUGAGCUGCAUGGAGUUUGUCAUGCACGCACCGAGCAGCUACUAUCUGGAUCGGCGCAAUCCGUACCCGCGUCCGGACUGCUGGGGACCGGAGAACACCAGCCAGGAGGAUAAUUCCAACUUUAUCUGGGCGAACAUUUCCCAUUUGUACCAAUGCUAAUGGAGGGUACGCGCCAUUUUGAUUGGCUUUUGUAGGUUAAGUAAAUAAUAUUGUAAAUUGUGGAUUCACGAGUCGCAUAGAUUUGGUAGAUUUAGGAAAUAAAAGAGGAAUAAUCCUGAA